AUGCCACGGCACGACCUGAGCUACGGGGGUCCGAACUGGACUGUGCGAGACAUUGUUCGGCACAUGCGACACCUUCCGCUGACUGCGGAGAUCCGGGCGAAGUGGCAGUACUGCAACAUGAUGUUCAUCACGCUUUCCCACGUCGUGGAAACCGUGACGAACAUGUGGCUCCGCGCCAUGUCCGAAAUGGACCCUAGAGUGCUGUCAGAAGAAAGCUAUACCGCCCUAAGGACCCCGAGAAUGUUCAUCACCAUCUUCGAGGGCCUUGAAGUGUUCAGCCACAAUGGGCUCGUCACAGGUUUCUCGACAACCAUGAUAUAUAUCCCCGAGCUGUCUUGGGGUGCCGCUCUCAUGUCGAAUGGAGAUCGCUUCGAGUCAUUCGGACAAGACAGGAUUGUGUACACCAUGAUCUAUGAUUUACUAGGUGUCCCGGCAAGUAAAAGAGUGGACUGGAUCGCUCGAGCCAACAAGAGCAUACAAGGGGCGAAAGAUGCAUGGAACAACUCCAAAUCACACCUCUUCCCGAAUGCACCGCAAGGAGAUCGGAGGAUUCCCCUACCCUUACCUCUAGCCUCCUACUCCGGAACGUACCGCAACGCAGGCUACCAGAACAUCACGUUGCAAAUCCGUGACCGACCGAGCUGGCUCGAUGCCGUCGACGAGAAAAUCCUCGUAGCGAACAUCACGGACCGGACCUGGGCACAUUCCCUCUCCUUUGAACACAUCGGCGCGGAACAUUUCCUGGUCUGGGCCGUCGCCGGGAGCAUGACACCCUGUGCGACGCUGGAAAAACUGGGGAUAAAGGGGGGAUUCAAGGUGUCCGCGGCGGGAAAGGUUUCACAUUUGGGCCUGGCGUAUGAGCCGCCGGUGGGAGGUGAAUUUAUAUGGUUUGAGAAGCUAGCGUAA